GGACGAACAGGUCGAGGCAUGCAUGAAUUCGCACGUAAAUUUUAACCUAGGUAUAAAAAUCUCGUGGAAAGAUCCAUAUGUGCUGGUGGGCCCUGAGCCGAUUUCGUGCGCGAUUGGGCCUGUGAUGGUGGCCGCAGCUGGCCUGUGACCUUGCCCAAGGAUUGUCGAUUUCUCCGAGAUGGACUCGAUUUUCCAAGAGGACGCUUUGUGCCAUAACAAUUCCCUUCCGUCGCCUCUGUAUCACGAAGAGAAUUUAAUGGACGACUCUCAGGGAUCUCUGUUGGAAAUUAUGAAGUCCGAGUUUCCGUACACAGGCCCUAGCUUCUGGGAUGCUGAACCAGAAUUAAGCUCGGACAAUGUGCAUUUCACGCCGACGGAAGACUUCCAGAAAAUCCUGAGUGACUGGCAGGAGCAUUUGGGUGCCAUGCAGGCCUCGGACAGCGAGGACCUGGACGUUUGUCCCGGACAACCGUUUCCUGACUCCAUUUUCGACAGCGACGUCAGUUUGUCUGCGACGCCCUCGACUUCCAACUCGCGGUCGUUGUUGAAACCUCGGCAGGAGCGUCUCGCCUCGGCGUCCACUUCGAUUUACGGAAUGAAAGCGGAAAGUCAGGACGCGCGUCUGCCCAUCAUGGCUGCCGACGACAGCGAGGAGGAGAACGAGGUGCUCAAGCCGAUGAAGGAGUGCAAAAUGGAGCUGGACGACGAAGACUGUAUUGACGUUGAGACUAUAGCCGAGCAGAUGCCAAUAUUGGAAGCUGGCGACCUCAAAAGUUUGCUGGAGCAAUUCGAAGCUUCCGAAGGCGUGAACGGCCAUGCUGACCUCCCACCUGUGGUGCCUCCGCAAACUUUGCCUACUUUUCCUUCCAACUCUCUGCUCGUCUUGUCCAACCAGAAGAUCAGAGAGGCUCUACCCCAGGAAGUGGUGGAUAAAAUCAAGGCAACUUCCCGAAAGAAAGUCAUUCCUGUGAUUCCUGCCAUUCCAUCCAAACGCCUGGUGACAGGAACUCGCAUGCAGGACGCAGCUGCCACCCUGAACAGAAAUAAACUACUUAAAAUUAUUGCCGCUGGAGACACGGUGCAGCUUGACCAUGACUACUGCUCUAGCAUCGGCGAGAGUCCCCAAGUCAGCUUUUACAACUGCAACUCAAAUGAUUACAAAAGGGAGAGUAAUCUGGUGCCAAGCAGGAGCCCUGCCGAGACUGCCGAAGAGAGCAAAGAACUGAAGCCAGGAUCGAACUGGGAGAAAAAUUCCAAGAAGGACAGCGGUCUUGAGUCUGGGGAGGUCAGCGACGCCAGCGAAGAAGCGGCACCGACUGCGAAAUUAAUCAUCGACGCUCCUCCUGUGAAAAAGAAGCUAAACCUGCAAGAAUAUCGGACACGAAGGGAGGAGCUGGACCGAUUGAAGGCCAGCAAGAGUUCUAGUAGUGCGGCAUCGUCUUGUCUGUCCAGUCCUGCCCGACCGGCAUCGCCAACUGUGGCCAUGGGGAAGCCUGAGAUGCACAGUGUCGAGGUUCAGACCCAGGAGGACGAAGGCAACUCCACCCAGCAGCAGCUAAAACCUGAAACAAAAGACUCUAGAUCCGAAAGACCUAGUCGGGCGCCGCACAAAAAUCGCCAAUACCGCUCUCACGUCAGCGAAUUCCAUGGGAGGUCCUCUUCAGGUUCCUCCAGUAGUCCAAGCGCCCGCCGAAAAAGUGGGCAGAGAUCGAGAAGAAAACAACGAAGGUCCUCCUCUUCCUCCUCGUCCUCUAGUUCUUCCAGCUCUAGAUCUCGCUCAAUCGGAGCCUCGUCAACUAAAAGGAGACGCCAUGACUCCUCCCCUUACAGACGGAGAUCAAUACCGAGGAGCAAAUAUUCCAGCAGAAGUUGCAACAGGUCCAACUCGCCGUCGAGCACUUCCAGUAGCGGAAGCAGUGCCAGUUCAGACUGGUACUCCAAUGGCAAAGACAGGCAGCGGCAGGUUGAGGAAAGGAGGGUCAUUUACGUGGGCAGGUUGCCGGACGGAACGACCAAAGCCGAGUUGAGGAGGCGCUUCGAGUGCUUCGGGCCAAUCAUCGACAUCUCAAUCCACUUCCGCGAGCAUGGAGUUUCCAGGGACAAUUACGGAUUUGUGACAUUUGCCUUCAAAGUUGACGCUUACGAAGCCGUGGAGCACGGCAACGAGGACCCCACUUUGCCCAAGUACGAUUUGUGCUUCGGCGGCAGGAGAACGUUCUGCAAAGUUAGAUACUCGGACUUGGAUGCGCAGAAUCUGCGCAACAAGAAUGGGAACCUGCACCACGAGGACUCGUUCGACAACCUCCUGCGAGAAACCCAAGCCAAGCUGCAGAAACGGGGCAAACUGCUCUGACCUUGGUGGCGGCCAGCGAGGCGGAGCCCGGGGUGAGUGAGACCCUUUUCGGGCUUGGGAGGAUCCUCUCGAUAGUCGACAAAUAGAGUCAGUCAUUUUUGAACAAGUUUUUUAAAAAUGAGCGCAGUCGAAAAGAAAUUAAAUGAAAAGAAGAAGGGACGCGCCGGUCGUGGCUGCUGAAUUUUUCACUAAUUUUGUUUUACUUUCAUUAAUUUCUUUUAACAAUUUGGAAACCUGAUUUUGCCCGUUGAGCCAGGCCGCGCGUCCGUCGCUUUAGUGCUUCAAGUGCCGGUUACCAGUGUGAGAUGAAAACGAAAUAAUCUUAUGUAAUUCAUAGAGAAGGUUCGUGCCAUAGAAUGUGAUUGAUUACUUCUUAAAUAGCUGAUCGAAGAAAAGACGAAGAAUAUUAUACGCUGAAUAUGAUAUUUAUUAUUCACUGAUAUAUACAAACUGGCAGACUAGCCUUUUUCCUACACUAGCUGUACACACACGACACACACUUACACGUGAAAACACUUUAAUCGGAUGUUGUUUGGGGGUGGAUAUUUUCAAAGGGCGGCUGAAAAAGUGUUGGAUGUUGUUGAUUUUGGCGGCGGGGCGCAGUUGACCUGACCUGCCUUGCCGGACUUGUUAAAAACUGAACCACGAAUAAACGUCUAAAAUGUCGCAAUUCUCAA